GGGCGGUGGAGCUGCGUUCUAUCUCUCUCUUCUCUCUCCCCCUCCCAUCACAAUCAGUGCAAUCAGUGCCACAAUGGCGAAGCUGCACUCUUUGUUGGCUGUGUUGGUGCUGAUAGCAGUAUCUGUUAAAGCCCAUGGAGGUUCAAAGGAUGUGGAUGCGCGUGAUAAAGGAGCACAGAAGGCCCUGGAAUUUGCUCUACAAGAAUACAAUAAGGACAGUAAGGACAUAUAUGUUAAUCGAGUGUCCAAGAUACACAGGGUCCAGAAACAGACUGUUACUGGAAUGAAAUAUAUUAUAGAAGUUGAUAUUGGCCGAACUGAAUGUAGAAAACCGACCUCCAAUCCUGAGGACUGUGCUUUUCAUACAGACCCCUACAUUUCUAAGACUACAUUCUGCCAUUUUGAAGUCAUUUCUAUUCCAUGGCUGAAACAAAAAGAAAUGAAGGAGAGUAAAUGUUACUGA